CGGGGAUGGGAGCCGCGGCUGCGUGCGGGGAUCGGUGUCCCUGGUCCCCUCGGUGUCCCCGGUCGCCGUCGCGGCGGGCAGCGCCGUGCCCGGUGACCUUGGGCUGCUGGCUGCGGCCGGCCCCCCCCGGCCCUGAGAGGAUCCCCUGGCGGCGGGGACAACCGGCACCGCGGCCCCUCGCCGUGCCCUUCAUCCUCAGCCUCACCUUCAUCCAAACCCUCACCUUCAUCCUCACCCCCAUCCCCAUCCUCGUCCCCCUCACAAACCCGCCAUCCCAGGGCCUUGUGCUGCACCAAGCCGGGCAGCUUUGUCCCCCAAGGGACCCCAAGCCCCUCGCUGCCUCAGGGCAGAGCCUUCUGUCUGUUUGUCCAUCCACCCGUCCGUCCUCAGAGAAAUAUCCAGAAGAGAAGCGUCGGGAGCCGAGCCACCUCCAUGCUCGGUACAGAACCGCCGUCACGCGCCCGCGUGUGGAAGUGGUUUGCUUGUGGUGUGAUGGGCUUCCACUGUGCCUCAGCGCGGAAAUACUGCUUGGGACGAGCGCCUGCUGCUUCGUCUUCAAAGCAUGUUUUUUUCACGGACCAAAUCUUGCUGAGCGGGUAGAUGCGGCCAUCCCUUGCUGGUUCGUGGUGUUAUUUCCUCCUGGACAUAGCCACUGCCUUGUGUGCUGUGCCAAGGGUGAAGGCUGUCGUACUGUCCCCCUUUCUGGACACGUGGGAUUUGACAGUUUGCCUGACCAGCUGGUUAAUAAGUCAGUUAAUCAUGGGUUUUGUUUCAACAUCCUGUGUGUGGGGGAAACUGGCCUUGGUAAGUCCACCCUCAUGGACACCCUGUUCAACACCAAGUUUGAAGGUGACCCAGCAUCUCACUCGCAGCCUGGGGUCCAGCUCAAGUCUAGUACCUACGACCUGCAAGAGAGCAACGUCAACCUCAAACUGACCAUCGUGAGCACAGUGGGCUUUGGGGAUCAGAUCAACAAAGAGGACAGCUAUAAGCCCAUCGUUGAGUUCAUCGAUGCUCAGUUUGAAGCCUACUUGCAAGAAGAACUGAAGAUAAAGAGGGUCUUGCACAACUACCAUGACACCCGGAUCCAUGCUUGCUUGUACUUCAUUGCUCCCACAGGCCACUCACUGAAAUCCUUGGACUUGGUGACAAUGAAGAAGCUUGACAGCAAGGUCAACAUCAUUCCUAUCAUUGCCAAAUCGGAUGCCAUUUCCAAGAGCGAGCUGACCAAAUUUAAAAUUAAAAUCACAAGUGAGCUGGUCAGUAACGGGGUUCAGAUCUACCAGUUCCCAACAGACGAUGAGUCGGUGGCAGAGAUAAACGGGACAAUGAAUGCCCACUUGCCAUUUGCAGUGAUCGGGAGCACAGAGGAACUGAAAAUAGGAAACAAAAUGAUGAAAGCUCGUCAGUACCCCUGGGGCACAGUGCAGGUGGAGAAUGAAGCUCACUGCGACUUUGUGAAGCUGCGAGAGAUGCUGAUCCGUGUGAACAUGGAAGACCUGCGUGAACAGACCCACACACGCCACUACGAGCUGUACCGGCGGUGUAAGCUGGAGGAGAUGGGUUUCAAGGACACCGAUCCAGACAGCAAACCCUUCAGCUUACAAGAAACUUACGAGGCCAAAAGAAAUGAGUUUCUGGGGGAACUGCAGAAAAAGGAAGAGGCAAUGAGGCAAAUGUUUGUCCAGAGGGUCAAGGAAAAAGAAGCGGAGCUGAAGGAGGCUGAAAAAGAGCUGCAUGAAAAGUUUGAUCGUCUGAAGAAGUUACAUCAGGAUGAAAAAAAGAAGCUAGAGGAUAAGAAGAAAUCUUUGGAUGAUGAAGUAAAUGCAUUUAAACAAAGGAAGACAGCAGCUGAAUUGCUCCAAUCUCAGGCUCAGCAGGCUGGAGGAUCGCAAACUCUUAAAAGAGAUAAGGAAAGAAAAAAUUCGGGUUUCCUGUAGAACCUUUCCCUUCACACCAGAAGCGAAUGCCCCCACAUUCGGUUAACACGCAGCUAUGCCAUUGUGCCUGUUUGCUCACCUUUACUCAUUGCUCCCUUACUGUGCUCACCAUUUUGUUUUAAGCGACAGUCCGCACCCUUGGCUGUUCUGGGUUAUGGUUGUUUUUUGUGAAAAACUCAGCAACAGCCUACGUGGAACUGGCAAGAGAUGCUCGGGGCUGAUACCUCUCCCCUUUUGGUCAAUAGCAGGCUGCCAAGCGCUUGUAGGACUAGCGUCCCCACUGCUCAGUUGUUCAGCUUUUUGCCUGUCCCCUCCACUUUGUGCUGCAUGGUGACAGCGCGGCUGCUUGGCGGCGUGCAUUUUGUGCCUGUCGUGGGACUGCUGUGAAUGCAACCCAGCGCUGCAGCGUGGUGGUCUCAAGAGACUGGCUGCCCCCUCCCCUUUUUAAUUUGUUUGUCUAACCCAUCAUUACCCCACUGUGCUGUCAUGCGCGACUCAAAUCAUUUUAAAGGACUUUUUGCAAGACUUGACAUCCUCACAGGCGUGAGGGCUUGAAUCCAAACCUCGAAUCCCCAAGCUUGGGGGAUUUUCAAACUUGGAUCCAUGGUUUGCAACUAAGUGUUCUCUGAAUGCUGCAGGGGUCACGAAGGAUCUCUUGCCUUGUCGCCCUCUCAGUGUGCUGGGCUGGAUGCACUUCCUGGAUCCAAUCUCAGGGAAAGCUGGUCACCUUGCUGUACAUAUCAGUGUUUGUGAAGAAAGACGAUGAUGUUUCUUUGACUUUCUUCUCAGUGAUUCCAACAAUUUCUGAUUUUAAUGCAAAAAGUGUUACCUUUAUAUUUUUUUUUUAUUUGACAUCUGUUCAGAAGUGUACAGAUGUUGGCAGGUUGCCUCAUAUAUUUUUUUUUAUUCAGCAAAAGCCUUGUUUUAAUGCAAGAUGUGCACUAAAAAGGGAGGUGUUUUGCUCACUGGGGCCAGGAGUUCACUGAGUGGCCAAGUGCCAACUGUGGUUUGCCUGCAGGUAACUUCUGUGUGUAUUUCUGGAUGAUUUUGUGUUUUUUGUUUUUAUUUUUUAUGCUUUUUUUUUUUUUUUUAAAUAAAGUCUUCAUCAGACAGUGAAUUCUGGUUAACAUUUACUUCUUUUGUUUUUUUGUUUUCUUUGCCCUUCUUUUACAGUAACCCAUGGCUCUGUACUGAGUAAUUAUCCCUGAAUACAAUGGGCUGGAGUGGACCUUCAUUUACUUGUUAAAUCACAGGGUCUAAUAAAACGUGACAGCAUUUCAGCUGUGACCUUUCCAUGGUGUUACUCUUGCUCUCUCCUAUAUUCUCAUUGUGAAGCUGACUUUACUAUGUACUGGUGGUUAUUGCUUUUAUUAAACAAUGUAAAAUGAGUCCUAACAAGCUUUUGGACACUGCAACUUUAAAUCUUAAUGUUUUUUUUUCCAUGCAGUUCAUAGAUUCCCCUUUCUCCUGGUCCCUCUCCACCCAGAUAAUGUGGAAAUAAGUUCUGUGAGUUAUUUUUGCUGGCGAAAUAACAAUGCAGUUUAAAUGUAUUUAUUGGUGACUUUAAGGUGAGAACACCACCUUAGUUAAAUUAUCACAUAGUUGAGAGAUUGAAAACUCUUUUCUUUUCAUACUUGGUGUCAUUUUCAUGACAUCACCUAUCUCUCUUAAUUUGCUUUUAUGUUUUCUUUUGCUAAUUCAUGCUACCUAAAGACUAGCAUUUAAUACUCAUUUCCAUUUCAGACUUGCUUGUUGUGACCCUGAUCCUUCAGUUGCACUGCAUACAGGCACUGUCUGCAGGCAGGAUGAACCCAUGUGUCCUAACCCUGCUAAAAGAUCAGGAUGUGUACUAGCAAAUAGUUCCAACAAAAACCCUUUAAACCCCAGGUUUUUGGAUGAUAAGCACACCUCAGAGCUAGCCAGGAUAGGUAAUGCCAUUUGUAGUGCAAACCACUGCUGACAGUUGUGCUAGGGAGGUGUUAGGGUUGGUGCUAAAACCUCAUGAGCAGUUCUUCCAUUCCCAUUAGUCUUGCUGGCUUGCACCAAACUGCAGCCUGGCCUCUCCCAGCAAUCAAGGCAGCUAAAAUUCUCGAUUGCAGUGUAUUUUCUCAGGUAUUCUGUUUCACUAUAAAUACAGUUUUAUUUCCUGAAAAGUUCUUUGGUUCUUUUUUUAAGCAAAUUAAAAUAAUCAGAGUGUUUACUUCUUCCAUUACUGUUGAGUGCCUGCUCCCAAAACCGGUCAGCAUCGUUCUGCCAGUGAUUUUUGGAACAUCUGAUAAAAGAAGCAUUUAAUGUAGUUGUGUUUUUUUUUUUUAUUAUUAUUAUUUUUGUUUUUAACACCAUGCCACAGGUCAACCACUGGUUGUUCUUCCUGGUCAUUUGCCUUCUUAGAAUGCAAUUAAAAGUCUUUUAAAUGAAAAAAGGUUUUUACUUGUGUAAUUUCCUUGAAGUCUGAGGUGCCAUGAGAUACAAAACCUCACAGAAAGAGGUUCCAUCUCUCCUCUCAGCUGUUUUCACAUUGCAUCUCUUUUCCCUGCUUUUUGAAUGUCUUUCUCUUUUUUGCUAAUCUUCUGUUUUUUUCUCUUUUUUUCCCCUUUCUCUCUCUCUAGCUUUUUUUAAUCUGUCUUCGCCAGCUGCACGGGGUCUGAGGGAGAAGACUGCCACUUCUAGAAGAGGUUAGGGAUCCUAUGUCUGGGGAGGGGGGAGCAAACCUUCAGUGUUAGUGUCUGGGGAAGAAGCUCUUGUACUGACUUGCAUGGUAUCUAAAAUCAAGGUGUCUUGUGAUGUGUGUGGCAAGACAGCGGGGGGGCUGCUGGUUUACUUGAAGAGAAACACAAAUGUGAUGAUGUUCGGACUAAUGAUGUAGCGAAUACAUUUUCAAACAUUGUUACGAGCAUUUUUUUUUCUAAUUUUGUCUUUAAUAAUAUAAAUGUCGCGGGCUUCCACGGGGUUUGAAGCCUUUAAGUAUUUCCAAUCUGCUGUUGUUCGAUUGAUUUUGGAAAACCGCGCUAAGAAAAACAGAAGCGCGGCGCAAUUUGCGAUGUCGGCAGCCACAAAGUCUUUAAUUCUAACGACAAUAAAGUGAAGAACUGCGUGUUUUCA